AAUUCUUUUCAAAAUGGCAAAUUGCAUUAAUGCGAAUGAAGUUGCAAAUCCUGGCUCCAACGUGCAAAUUGAAGCAAUCCAAACGGUGAUGCCAAUGAAGCCAACUGAUCCAAGGUUAUCGCGACGAGUCGCCAUUGGUGAAAAUCUUGGCUCAGGCAAUCUCCAGAGUCGUUUUCACAUAGUUCUUUGCUAUAACAAAGCCUCAGAAGAGGAUUCAGGGUGGCUAUUAGCUGGUUGGAUUAAGGAGUCAUUAGGAAAAGCACUUGUUGAAAAACCAUUAUUGGCUGGUAGACUUAAAAGAAAAGGAGAAAAUGAUGAUAAUGGAGAGUUUGAAAUUGUGUCGAAUGAUUCUGGCGUUAGACUUGUUGAGGCUAAUAUGCCUAUGGACUUGGCUGAUUUUCUUGAUCUUAUAAAGGAAAGGAAAAAUGGAGAAGCUGAGCUUGUCUUUUGGGAGGAUGUCAAUGAAUCAAAUCCUCAGUUUUCACCUCUUUUCUAUGUCCAGGUGACAAAUUUCAAGUGUGGAAGAUACUCAAUUGGUAUAAGUUGCAGCCUUUUUCAAACAGAUCCUUAUGGCAUGACUAGUUUCUUGAAUAGAUGGUCCAAAAUUCACAACAACAUUGUAACAGAAGCAGAUAUGCCCAAAAUUCCAACAUUUUUCCUUCCAAAUCUUAGGAAAACUGGAUGUUCACCAACUUUAUCCACAAGCUCCACCACAAACAAACAAAUUAAUGAAUCCUUAAUCUUUAAAAUACCCUCAAACAUCUUGAAUUUAAGAGAUGAUAUCCACAAGAAUUUUGCUGAAAAAUGUGUUGAAGAGGUAGAAGACAAACUUGGUAAGAAGUUGUCUUCAAAAUUCUGUUUGUUUGUUAGAGAAACCUCAGAGGAUAUUAAGGUUGAAACAUUUUCUAGAGAAGGGAUUUCUCCAUUUGAUUCUAUUGCUGGAUUAGUUUCAGUUAGCUUGGAUGAUUUGGAAGGUGAAAGCAUAAGGUUUAAUGAAGGAAAUAAGGCUGUCCACUUUUCAUGUUGGAUAAGUAACUCAGGAAAUGAAGAUCUUGUGUUGAUUACUCCAACUUUUGUGUUCAUUACUCCAUUUCUUUGAUAUUGUCCCAACAUUACUAUAUUUUAAUUAGGUUUAUUAUUCGAAGAAUCUUAGGAAUUUCGAGCUUCUGUGUAUUGCAAAUGUUGUGUAAGAUUG